CUCUCUGCCUUCGUCUUUGCCCCGUUUCUUUGGAUAUUGCGUCUGCCCUUUGCUUUCCGCGCUCGGUCGUUUGUGGAUCUCGAUCUGAUGGCGAACAAGGGCGAUGCCUCCUCUUCCGAUCCUAAGGGUAAGAAAGAUUAUAGCACGGCGAUCCUCGAGAAGAAGAAGGCCCCUAACCGUUUGAUCGUGGAUGAGGCGGUUAAUGAUGAUAAUUCGGUGGUCUCGAUGAAUCCCGAGACGAUGGAGAAACUACAGCUCUUUCGAGGCGAUACUAUACUCUUGAAGGGAAAGAAAAGGAGGGACACUAUUUGUAUUGCUCUAGCCGAUGAGACUUGUGAUGAACCAAAGAUCAGGAUGAACAAGGUUGUUAGAUCUAACCUCAGAGUGAGGCUUGGGGAUGUUGUUUCAGUCCAUCAAUGCCAAGACGUCAAGUAUGGGAAGAGGGUUCACAUCUUGCCUAUCGAUGACACAAUCGAAGGAGUCACGGGGAAUCUGUUUGAUGCUUAUUUGAAGCCAUAUUUUCUGGAGGCAUAUCGUCCUGUGAGAAAAGGGGAUCUUUUCCUUGUCAGGGGAGGUAUGAGGAGUGUUGAAUUUAAGGUUAUAGAAACUGAUCCUGCAGAGUAUUGUGUUGUUGCUCCUGACACAGAGAUUUUCUGUGAGGGGGAGCCUAUAAAAAGGGAGGAUGAGGAUAGACUUGAUGAGGUGGGCUAUGAUGAUGUUGGAGGAGUUAGAAAACAGAUGGCUCAGAUAAGAGAGCUAGUGGAACUACCUCUUAGACACCCUCAAUUGUUUAAGUCAAUUGGUGUCAAGCCACCAAAAGGUAUUUUGUUGUAUGGGCCACCUGGUUCUGGGAAGACACUGAUAGCUAGAGCAGUCGCAAAUGAGACAGGAGCCUUUUUCUUCUGCAUUAAUGGCCCAGAAAUUAUGUCAAAACUAGCUGGUGAAAGCGAGAGCAAUCUGAGGAAGGCUUUUGAAGAGGCAGAGAAGAAUGCACCAUCAAUUAUAUUUAUUGAUGAGAUUGAUUCUAUUGCUCCUAAGAGAGAAAAAACUCAUGGGGAAGUUGAGAGGCGUAUAGUGUCUCAACUUCUGACGCUGAUGGAUGGGCUGAAAUCUCGUUCUCAUGUAAUUGUUAUUGGGGCUACAAACAGGCCAAACAGUAUUGAUCCAGCUCUUAGAAGAUUUGGUAGGUUUGACAGGGAAAUUGACAUUGGUGUCCCAGAUGAAGUUGGGCGUUUGGAAGUUCUUCGGAUCCAUACAAAGAACAUGAAGCUGGCUGAAGAUGUUGAUUUAGAAAGGAUUGCUAAGGACACUCAUGGAUAUGUAGGGGCUGACCUUGCUGCUCUAUGCACUGAAGCGGCCCUCCAGUGUAUACGUGAAAAGAUGGACAUAAUUGAUUUAGAGGAUGAAUCAAUUGACGCGGAGAUUCUCAACUCUAUGGCUGUCACAAAUGAACAUUUUAAGACUGCUCUUGGAUCAAGCAAUCCAUCUGCACUCCGUGAAACUGUCGUUGAAGUGCCAAAUGUCUCCUGGGAAGAUAUUGGUGGAUUGGACAACGUCAAGAGAGAACUGCAAGAGACUGUGCAAUAUCCAGUUGAGCAUCCUGAGAAGUUUGAGAAGUUUGGGAUGUCCCCCUCAAAGGGAGUAUUGUUUUAUGGGCCACCUGGUUGUGGAAAGACCUUAUUAGCUAAGGCCAUUGCUAAUGAAUGUCAAGCAAACUUCAUUAGUGUUAAGGGCCCUGAACUACUAACUAUGUGGUUCGGUGAGAGUGAAGCAAACGUACGGGAGAUCUUUGAUAAGGCUCGUCAAUCUGCACCAUGUGUUCUCUUUUUUGAUGAGCUUGACUCCAUUGCAACCCAGAGAGGUAGCAGUGUUGGUGAUGCAGGAGGUGCUGCUGACAGGGUUCUCAAUCAGUUACUUACAGAGAUGGAUGGCAUGAAUGCCAAGAAAACUGUGUUUAUUAUUGGGGCAACCAAUAGGCCUGACAUUAUUGAUCCUGCUUUACUUAGGCCAGGCCGUCUGGACCAAUUGAUUUAUAUUCCUUUACCAGAUGAGGCCUCUCGUUUUCAAAUUUUUAAAGCUUGCCUGAGAAAAUCUCCAGUAUCAAAAGAUGUUGACCUGAGGGCUCUUGCCAAGUACACUCAAGGAUUUAGUGGGGCUGAUAUUACAGAAAUUUGUCAGCGUGCAUGCAAGUAUGCCAUUAGAGAGAACAUUGAAAAGGAUAUUGAAAGAGAGAAGAGGAAGAGUGAGAAUCCUGAAGCAAUGGAAGAAGAUGAGACUGAUGAAGUAGCAGAGAUCAAAGCUGCUCACUUUGAAGAAUCGAUGAAGUUUGCUCGUAGGAGUGUCAGCGAUGCAGAUAUUCGGAAGUACCAAGCUUUUGCACAGACUUUGCAGCAGUCAAGGGGGUUCGGCAGCGAGUUCCGCUUUUCAGAGCGAUCUGAGUCCGCCGCUGGAGGUGCAGGAGCAGAUCCUUUUGCAACAUCAGCUGGUGCUGCCGACGAUGAUGAUUUAUACAGUUAAUUUAUGACAAAUCUUUUGUCGCUCUUUGUAAAACAUGGACUCUGGUACAAGUAGGGCGAUCAUCCUGUUUUAGUUUAUUCAAUCCCACGUGGGACUCAUCAAAAUGGCCUUAGGAUAUUUAUCAUCAUCCUGAAGAAUACCAGGACCAGGGCAUGGUUGGUCGUGGGCCACAUCCCCCAGCCAUGGUUGCAAUUGAUUUUCUUAAUAUCCAAGUAAAACUUUUUGAAAGUAUUAUUAUAUUGCUUUAGGGUUUA